AUGUCCUACGACCCUCGCCCACCCAUGUCUGCCGGAUUCCCCGACUCUGACCGCGUACAGCGUGAGAGGUCCCGUUCACCCCGUCGUCGUUCUUCUCGCAGUCCCCGACGUAGCCGUCGCUCCUAUUCACCGCGCAGUCGCUCUCGCAGCCGUGACGAUUACCGUCGCAGCGAUCGCCGUUCUCGAUCUCCAUUGAGUGCUUCUGGUGCUGCUGGACCGUCGGGCUCCCCCUACGGUGGACGCAGCAGUUACGCGCCGGGCAGAACGUCUGAGGAUCGUUUCGCCGCCAAAGAAAACAUGAUGCAAUCUGUCCGCGACUCGUCCCAACAAGACCGUCGGGUCUAUGUGGGCAAUCUGUCCUACGAUGUGAAGUGGCAUCAUCUCAAAGAUUUUAUGCGACAGGCUGGAGAGGUUCUCUUUGCCGAUGUAUUACUUCUUCCGAAUGGAAUGUCGAAGGUGGGCGCCAAUGCGUAG